GGAUAUGCUUAGCCGGUAUCGGUUUGACUGAGUUUCAGUAUCCACUCGCAACUGCCGCACAUCGGGUCGGUCACUUAAUACCGAUCUCAAUAUUAGUUACAAUCUAUUUUUACUAAACUACCAGUAGUACAAGUGAUAAUAGUAUAACAAUUAUUAUUUGUUUUAAUUAUUAUAAUAUUGUGUGUUAAUUAAGCGAAAUGUUUAUCAAGGCCGCUUGUAUUGUCCUAUUAGUCUUAUUUAUAGUCGAUAAAGCAAACUGUGAUAGUAGCUUAAGUGUAGACAAACAUGACAUAAAACUGAAACUAAAAGAGAACACAACAGUUAAUAUUAUAUUGGGGUCAGAUUAUGAGCCUGUGAAUGAUACCUUAAACAUUAUUAUUCAACACACUGAUAUAGCUGCCAUAAAUAUAACUUCGCUAGAUUUAAACGUUCUGAACGAGAAUUAUAGUCUAAACGUUCAAGCCAUUGGAGCAGGAAAAACAGAUAUUUACUCAAAUACUACUUACAACAGAACAAACGUGGAUGAUGUCUAUUUUCGGAUUACAGUUUACAAGGCAGCAGCUCUAGAUACCUUGUCAACAGUUAUAGGUUGGAUCUAUUUUGCUGCUUGGUCUAUAUCGUUUUAUCCUCAGGUUUACAUAAAUUGGAAACGAAAAAGUGUUAUAGGUUUGAAUUUUGACUUCCUAUCUCUCAACAUAGUUGGGUUUUUGUUAUAUUCAGUAUUUAAUUUGGGUCUCUAUUACAUUCCAGAAGUAAAGGAAGAAUAUUCCGCAAGAUAUCCAAGAGGUUUAAAUCCAGUACAAGUAAAUGAUAUAUUUUUUGCGGUACACGCUGUCAUUUUGACAUGCUUUACCCUGUUCCAGUGCUGCGUUUAUGACAGAGGAGAGCAAAGAGUGUCUAUCACAGCAAGGAUUAUUUUAGCUAUAUUUGGUGUGUUCAUUGGAAUUUCCGCUAUCAUAGCUGGUUGUGCAGUGAUCCACUGGUUGGACUUUUUGUAUUACUGUUCCUAUGUAAAAUUAACCAUUACAUUAAUUAAAUAUAUCCCACAAGCCUACAUGAAUUAUAAAAGAAAAAGCACUGUGGGAUGGAGUAUAGGAAAUAUUUUGCUAGAUUUUACUGGAGGAAUGUUAAGCGUUUUGCAGAUGAUACUUAAUGCCUAUAACUAUGAUGAUUGGCAGUCAAUUUUCGGUGAUCCAACAAAGUUCGGUCUUGGAGUCUUCUCAGUGGCGUUCGACGUAUUUUUCAUGUUUCAACAUUACCUAUUUUACAAGGACUCCCGAUAUGAAGACAAAUGCUGAUUUGUUCCUAUUAUUAUAAGGAAAUUAUUAUAUGCGUCCUUUUAACUUUCUGGUAUUAAAAAAAUAGUCUAAGAACGGUUAUCCUACCUCAGAUAUGGAUUUAUAAAAUUAAAUAAUGGAGCUUAUCGCAGUAUUUGGAGUAAGAUACUGAACCCUGAGUGCAAAGCAUAUUCUAAAACUAUCACAAUAUUAUCACCAUUUUAUUUAUUUGUUGUUGAUUUCUUUAUGUUUCUUUUGUAUUUUAUUUAUUUUUUUGUGAAAUAAAAAUCUUUUUUUUU